AUGCACCCGUGUUCCGAGGGUGUUGAGACUGGGGGUGCUGAGCCUGGUAGUGCUGAGUCUGGGGGUGCUGAGACUGGGGGUGUUGAGCCUGGUGGUGCUGAGCCUUGGGGUGCUGAGCCUGGGGGAGCUGAGACUGACCGUACUGCGCCUGGUGACGCUCCCUCUUCACAGCAGCUGCGUGAGUGGUACUCUCAGCGUUGCAGCCUCCGGUGUGGGGCUGCUGGAGCUGGGGGUUCUGCCGGAGUUGGAGCUGGUGGUGCUGCGGGUGCUGUGUCGCGGCCCGCGCCUCCCUCCCCACAGCGACUACGUGAGUGGUACGCUCGGCGCUGCAGCCUCCGGAGCGGCGCUCCUAGCACUGGGGUGCCGCCCGCUGGAGGCCCUGGUGCGGCUGGAGGUACUGGAGCCUCUGGUCCUGGAGGUGCUCAUACAGGCAGUACUGGAGCUGCUGGGACUGGGGGUUCUGCUGGAGCUGGAACUGCUGGAGCUGGUGCUACUGGAGAUGCUGCUGAUGCUCGAGCUGCUGGAGGUGCUGCUGGUGCUGGAGUUGGAGCUGGAGGUGCUGGAGCUACUAGAGCUGCCGGUGGAGCUAAGGACGCUGGGCCUACUGGAGAUGGUGUAGCUGCUGACCCUGGGGUUGGUCCUGCAGGUGCUGGAGCCGGCGAUGCGGCUGGAGCUGGUGCUACUGGUGGUACUGGAGUUGGCAUUAUUGGAGCUGCUAGUAGUCCUAUAGGAGUUGAGCUGCUGCUGGGGGUUCUGGUGCUGCAGGUGCUGGAGCUGGAGGUGCUGCUGGAGCCGGUGCUCCUGUGGGUGCUAGCGUUGGUGCUACUGGGGCGGCUGGAGCUGCUGGAGCUGACCCUAGGGGUGCUGGUGCUGUCUCUGCUGUGUCCUCUUGCUGUCCCAGGAACUCACCAGAUGAUGCUUCGUCCUUCCACCGCUCCACAGAGUGUCCCUCUGCCUUCUCCUGCGUCCUCUCUUCCUACCCUUGCUGACCCGGAGUCUGACUCUCUUCAUGCUACUAGUCCUACUGUCACGCGUCUCCUGGCCACGGCUGUCUCUGACCCUUCCUUUGAGUCAGCUGAUGCGUCUGCCUUAGUUGCUGAGCUUGUCGACUUUGCUGCUCGCUGCCCUCUAGACUACGCCGUGAGUCUUGUUGCUGAGUCUGAGUCUGUCUGUCCUCCGUCCGUCGGGGGUGAGUGUGCUCUUGGCACGGACGUCCUUGAGGACAGGCAGGAGGAGUUUGAGUGCUUUGCUGCUGCUGUACCUCCUCUUGUGUCCAUGUUGAUUGCACCUGAGGGAGACCCGGAUGCACCAGACAUCCCGACCCCGCGCUCUUACGCUGAGGCGAUCGCGGGUGAGUACUCCUCUCUGUGGCAGUCAGCCAUGGACGCAGAGAAGUCAUCUUGGAAGUCCACUGGCACUUACAUCGGCGAGGUUCCCCCUCCUGGGGCGAACAUCAUCAGUGGCAUACGUUGCCGCUCAGCGUGA